UUUUCUCCUCUGUCCUCUGUCCAUUGACAGGCAGACAAUAUUGUUGUGCUUGAGUAAUGAACAUUUUUGUGCAGUGUAAAUAUAAUUUAAUAUUGAUUUAGUAACUUUUUUGUUUUAUUUAAAGUGUAUUUUGUGUUGAGAAUUUUAAAUUUGAUUAUUGUUUGCCUGAUAGUACUAUUUUAUCAACAAAUUGGAGGUCAAAUUAUGAUUGUUGAUCUCCGACCGGCCAUAUUGACUGUCCUAUGUUAUUCCGAUAAAUUUUUAUUGGGAUUAUAAUUUGUUUUCUUCUACGAUGUAAUGCUAAUAUGUAAUGAUUAAUUAUUCAAAACCCAAUAUUUCUAUAAACAAGAGUGAUAGUCACUGGAGAUUAAUUGCUAUUAUUUUUUGAGAUAAUCAUCAAGAAAUCAACUUAGCCGAGUCCAAGUGUAACCAACUGAAGCAAAAAUGGCUGCCCAGCAGUUUUGCUUGCGUUGGAACAACCACCAACCAAAUUUUAUUUCGGUGUUUUCGAACCUGCUGAGCAGUGAGUCCCUUGUGGAUGUGACGCUGGCUGCUGAGGGAAAACAUGUACAAGCUCACAAAGUUGUACUUUCGGCGUGCAGCUCUUACUUUCAGAGUCUAUUCACGGUGAACCCGUGCCAGCAUCCUAUAGUCAUCUUGAAGGAUAUUAAAUACUCGGACUUAAAAACGAUGAUUGACUUCAUGUACUGCGGAGAGGUGAAUGUAUCCCAGGAACAAUUGCCGGCCAUUUUGAAGACGGCGGAAACGCUGAAAGUGAAGGGAUUGGCCGAGAUGGGUCCCGACCAGAACAUGCUGUGUGUGGCUUCCGAUAACAAGGACGCACUUCCCCUCUCCACCCACUCGUCCCCCUCCAUGCUGCGUCGUAAGCGACUGCGCAAGUCGUCGACUGGCUCCGGAUCCGGAUCCACAGAGCAGACCACUGUCGGCAGCGAGGAUCAGGGUGGCGGAGGUGGAUGUAGCGCAGUGGCUUCAAGUCCGCUGACCGUGAAGGCCGAGGGACUCAGUGAGAACGAGAGCUCGCUGCGUCACGAGCCGAGCACCGACUCGGAGCACGGGUUACCCUCGCAAGACAGUGUCGACGACAUGUCAGAGGCUACUAAUUCACAGGUGACUGGCAAUCAGACGGGCGGACAUCACACGGCGCCGCAGAACCAAUCGUCGACGUCAUCUGACGACAAGAGUGACAUCACGCUGGGUAGAUCCUCCAGCACUGAGGACAAUAGCUCACCCAGUGUCACCUCGCAAUCACAUUUCACUACAGGAGACCAACCAUCCGGCAGCGUAACGACUACAAUGGGCUCGAAACGCGGUCGUCUGCUGCUGCGACAGAACCGCAUCAAACGCGAAUGCGACCCGAUUCAGGUCGCAUCCGAACCAACGGCAGAUGACGCCACACCGGGCGAGUCGACAGUCACAACAGCCACCAUCAGUGUGGUGCCCGUACCGCGUCUAAUGGAGCGGCAGUGCUCCGAGCCGGGUCCGAGUACCUCGGGUGCCUCGCUGUGUGGUGCCUCGCAACAGUUACUAUCCGUGCCGCAGCCGGCGUUUCUCAUCAAGCAGCACUCAUCGCCUCAGCUGCAGGUGACCUCUCCCUCCCCCUCCACCUCCGCCUCUACUUCUUCCUCCUCCGCCCACCUACAGGUCGCCAGCAGCAGCCAAUCGGAGACCACUCCGCGGCAUAAGGAGGAGUUAAGGAGGACUGCUUCGUCGCCACAGUGCUCGACAUCGUCGGAAGUGUCCAUAUCAGGCCGCUCGUGCCACUGUCCGGUGCAGCGUCCCGGCCCCGCCCUCGGCUGCAACUACUGCUGGAACACCAUCGACGCACACGGACGCAUUCUUCGCCGCAAGACCAAGUACCACUGUCCCGAGUGCCAGACCAAUCUAUGCAUCGUACCUUGCUUUCAGGAAUAUCACGAGAGACAGCCUAACAACAGUGGCGGCUCGAGUAGCAGAGAAGUAUCACAGUCGGCGGCUUCCAAUGCGAACUCGAGCACUCUGUCCCCUGUACCCACCAUCAUGAAAACCAGCUCAAUGUAAACGCUAGUCACUCACUCAACUAUUACAUUAUAUAAUACUAUAUUAUACCCAUUCAAAAUGUAAUUAUAUACAGUAGAUAUGAUGUUAAGAAAAAACUCUAUAGUAGCACGCACUUCAAACUGCAGUGUCAGCAUUCGUUGAAUCGGAAUGACAUAAAUGUCAUUAAGUUAAUAUUAAUAUUCAAUGUUAUUCAUUAAAUAAAUAUUCGAUGUUAUUUUCAUAAGGAAUACUGCCAGUUCAAAGUAAGUUUAAAUCUCACUGACUAUAGAUUCAUUGACUCUAUAAUCAGAUUUACUUUACUUUGAACUUGUCAGUUUUGAUUGAAUGGGAAGCAUUGAUGUCAUUUAUAGCGAUUGAUGACAGUUUGAAGUGAAUGUGAGUGUAGUGCUUGUUGAUUUGCAGUCAGUAUGUAAGUUGGUGGAAAGUUAGAUGUAUAUAUUUUAUUAUUAAAAAAGAUAGCUAUGUGAACCGAUGCUCGGUUCCACUUUGUUUUUAAUUCAUCAAUGUUGUUGGUAUAGUGCUUAUCGAUGUGGGUAAUAGCAUAGAUGUUGUGAUUAUGAUAACGUGAUGUUGAGAUUAUGUUGGGUUGCACUGUGACAAUUGUUUUGCUGUUGAAAAUUGAUCCAUGGUUUUUGAAAAAUCAUGUUUCGUGAUCUUAUUACUUAUAAAGAAGUUUUUAUUUUAAAUAUAUAGACGGGGUUCCAAGUGAAGAGUAGUGCAUGACUGUUAGGGGUAUCUUAAGGUGCGUACAGAUAUAACAUGAGCAAUUCACUUUUAAUCAGCUGACUAUAUCUGUAUUUUUACAGAAACGGUAUAAGAUAUAGAUAUAUAAAAAAGCUUGGCAUCAGCUGAUUAAAAGUGAAUUGCUCAUGUUCGCGGCGCGUAAAUCUGUACGCACCUUUAUAGUAAGUUAACUGUUUGAGGGAUGUAUUUGAUAACGAUCUUAGCGAUGCACGGUUUGGUUAAAUGGUUGCAACCUAGCAACCUGUAACGGGAACCAAUCAGAAUUGUUGAACUAGCUAUCAGCAUAAUUCCGAUUGGUUCAACAAUGCGUACUCGGCUGAGAACGUUUUUAAAUUUGUUCCAAAAUUUUAUGAUUGGAUCUUUUGAAUCAUAAGACUUGGAACGUCAAUGAUUAGAGGAUCAACUUCAAGGUAAUAGAGUUUAUGUUUUCUUAAAUACUCUGCAAAUACAGUAGUAUUCUACAGUAAUUUUGUCGGUAUGCAUUUGAAUGGUGACCACGCAGCUCUUGAUAUUUAUUUAUGUGUUAUACUCGAAGUAGAGUAGAAAAUCAUAUGUAUCCAAUAUUCUCCUUGGAUUUAAAAGGUCAUUCACGUCAAUUUAAUUGAUUUAUAGGUUUUUACGUUUUUAUUUUAUUGUAAUUUUACCUUGAAGGAUUUCAUCGUUGCACAUUGAAAGUGUGUAUUUACCAUUAACGUUAAGUCUUCCAGCAUUUGUUGAAUAAUGGGACUCAUUGAUAUUAUUUAUGAGAAAUACUGACAUCUUGUAGUGAAGCACACUAAAGGAGUAUUAUCGUACAAUAUUUAAUCAAUAAUAUAAAACUUGAUGCUCGUUUGUAAAAAAAUAAAUUUAUUUAUAAAACUUGAUAAAUUUUGGAAAAAUUGUCAUCAAUGAAAUGAAACUUGAUAUUAUUUAUAAUUAUUUACUUUUAAUUUGAAUUGUUUUGAUUGUGCAACCCAGCCUAUUUUCAAAUACUCUAUAUUAGUUGCAUAAGUUUGGUCUAAUCUCGUUGACCACCGUGAUGUGAUGUGUAAUGUGAUAAAUCUCUGAAGGCAACCCCACUCAGUACAAACUUUAGUUUUUAGUAUGAUUGUAACUUUACUAAACCUUAAUUUCCUUUUUGAACCUCAAUCGCCCAUUAACUCUACUUUACCUUAAUUGACUGUGAAACCUAGCAAAUCUUAAUUUACUAUACCAUGAUAUACAAUUCCAAUUGGAAUAAUUCUGUUCCCCCUUAAUCUUAUUAAACCUUGUUGAGAGAGGAAAAUGAGAUUUAAAAAAUGAUCUCUUAGACACUUUUAACUUUCGAACCUAAAUUCCUCUCAUUACUGAGUAAUUCAAUUGUAAUAAUUGUUUCCCCCUCAAUCAUUAACGCUCAUUUCUCUCUUUGGUGAGAAUAAUACAGGAAUAGGCUGUUCUUAUAUUAGUCGUUCACAGAACAGCGUGCUAUGUAAUAAAAUCAUUUCUAGCUUGUAGGCAGCUCGGCUUCUCCUUGUAUUUAUACAAUUCAAGUUUAAAUUGAAACUGACCCCAAGUCCUGUUCCAAAACUAGACGAUGAGCUAAUUAAUAGCUUCCCAAGUAUAUGGUCGCCUUUUCUUAUAAUAUCACAAUAAUUUCUAUGAUACCUCUGGUCUUAUUUUUUUAUUCCGAUUGGUAAAAGCUGUGUUGAGUUAGUCGACUAUUAACCGAUCCAGGAAAAUAAUUCUCGUUAAUCUUUAAUUUCAGAGAAUUUUUUGAAAAACGUAAAAGUUUCGAGGAUCUAAUUUAUAUGUAGUUAAACCACAUAUUUUUAUUGGGGUUGAGAGUUCUAGAAUAUUUCACAAGCUGAGGACCCUAGUGUCAAUAAAUUUUAAACAGUCCAGACCAUGAUUGCAUUUAAGAAAUUUCCAACUGCAAUGUCUUUUCUUGAAGUAAGUGUUCUAUUUUUAAAUGUGUGACUCAUUCUGUUCUCUUCCUUCUCUAAUACUUAGUGAUUGAUAAUGAUAAUAGAAAUUAUUAUAGUCUAUUCGACAAACUUCCUUGUUGUAGUUAUUAGAAUUAAGCAUAGAAUAUGUCUAGGUUCUGCUUUUUCGUGGCAAUACAAAGAAUGAUGAAAAGCUUUAAAAUGUUAUAUUUGUAUUCAAGAGUUUAUUGUGAAUGUUUCUUCUUCAAAUUGUCUAUAUAUAUUAUCAUACUAAUUACGAAGAUUAAUUUUGUCAGCUAAAUUAUUGUAAAUAAAUAAAAUAAGUGAAAAAUCAAACUGCUCAAGACCAAACAGCGAUGCAUGCAAUGUUGAACUAUUGCAAAAUUAAUCAAACAUGAUUAGAAAAACUAAAACAUAUUUUUGUAAAAAUUUAUCAAUUGAAGCAUGGAUAAUACUUCUGACCAUAAUAUAUUUACAACAUAUAUUCAACCGAGGUUAGCUUGGUAUGGUUGUCUUUGUUAUGUGUGGCUUUUUCCUCCUCUUCAGCACUAGUUAGCAUUAUAAUAAAAAUCCCAUACAUUAUUACAGAUUCCAAUGUAUAAACUACAAUUUAAUUGAGUUUGUGCUCUGUAAUUUUAAUUUAGAAAUCACAGUGUUUCAAGAUCAAUUACCCAAUUUCAAAAUAUAGAUUAUUUGCUAUGAAAAAGUACUCAAAAUCAGGUAAUUUAAUCAUACUAAAUUACACAUAAAAUACUGAAUUCUAUGAAAAUGCAUAAUAAAUUCCCAAUAUGCUUUCCAUUAGAUGCACAGAGGACAUCCAACACCUUUCAAUCCAUCCCGAAUUCCCAAAGUAUAAGAUAUUUUAUGGCUUUGAAGACUAAACUUGAGUAUCAUGAGCAAGAAUAAAUUUAAUUACAGCGUUAUUCGUGGGGUUUCUUGAUAUUGAAAUAAAAACAGGUAUCAGAAAGCUUGUUUUAAAUACAGAAAACAUCCUAGGGUACCAUAAACAUGAUCAAAUCUCUGAACUAUCUUUGAUGCUCACCUGUUAUCGAGUGUUUGAUUGUCUAACACGGGUCUAAUAGGGAAUCAAAUCUUUGAUAAAAUCUGGUCAAAUAUCGUUAUCAGAAAUAUAUUAAUGUUAUGGGACCCAACAUACUGUUAGGGAUGAAUCGUAUUUGUUAGGGUAAUUCAUCUUGAAACACUCCGCAUUAAGACCGGGACACACUUGUCUUACAGCGUUCCGAUCCAACUCUUGUCCGAUAUUGUAGUGAUAGGGCAGGUCAUAAGAUCAUCAACUGGUAAGGUCUUACUUGUGGUAAUCUCUAUCGUAAGCUCAGUGCGACAGCACUACUUCUUCCAGAUGGUACUCUUUUAUCAGGCUGUCGUUGACAUAGGCGGGUGUAUUGGCGGAGACAAGUAGCAUGCUGUGUCGACGGCAGAGAGCUUCAAGAGGCGCAACGUGAGCGGGCAUCUGCAGCCUGGCUGGGUGCCCGUUCCCUCCAGGAGGACGACAGACCCUCCCGUCAGGAGGGUUGUAAUAAUUAUCAUGUUUGGCAUACAUUCGUCCGCCUGUAUGACUGGCGUGGGAUAGGAACGCUGCAUGACUUAUGUGUAAAUAACCUCUAUAGCCUACCUCUAUAAAUGAACAGAGUUGAAUCUAUGUUGAAUGUACGUUCAACUAUUUAAAUUGAAGUAAGUUAUAUUAUGAUGCUAUCUUUCAGUGUAUGCUUGUGGAAUUAAACUCAACAAAAUAAUCUUAUAAUGCCAAGUCAAUGUAUUUAGAUGAUUGUGUUAGCUUGAUGUAAUUACUAUGCGGUUGACAUUAAUGAAAAGUAAGUGGUGAAUCAAUUAUAGGUAUCUAACAUUGUUUGAAUCGUAAUGAACAAAAUAAUAUUUAAGUGCUGUAAAAGUAAGUAGGCUACUGUUCGUGAUAAGUUGUUGUUGUUGAUAACAUGCUGCAUUUAUUCAAUGUAAUAUAUAUUGUGUAAAUAUUUGUUGUUUAGUUGAUAUUUUAAUUAAUUGGUACACAGGAAAGACGGCUGCUCACGCUACGGUGAAUCUGAAAACAUCAGCAUGGUUUGGAUGGAGAAAUUUGUAUAAAUAUUCCAUCCGCACCUUGAUAUUUUCCUUGUGUUGUCACUUAGCGUGUGUUGCCGGCUUCAGUGAUAUUUGAAUGGUCUCUGCUGGCGGAGUACCGUGCCCCCCCCCCCCUAACCCCUAAGCUAGAAAUUCACAGCUGGGCUAUUUUUCUAGUAGGAUUGGUAUAUUAGGUGUAUAAAAUUCUAUGGACUCUUCUAAUUGUUGAUGUUUUUGUGUAAAUAUUUUUUGCAGGCGAAGUUGAUUCGGCAUUAGUCUUCAUUCUCCGAAUAGAUGUGCAAAAAUAGAUUUAAUAAUAAUUGUGGAAAAUAUUCUUCAACCAGUUUACCUUCGCAUUUCAUGAAUAGCAAUUUUUCAAAGCAUACUUAUAAUAAAUUUUGCAAUAAUUUUUACCGAAGUACAAACUUGACGAACCUAGCAAUUCUGUAUUGAAAAUAAGCGAGCUUUCAGCCUUUUCAGUGUCUAUUAUCAUGAUGGGAAUUUAGAAUAUUUUAGCUGGUAAAAAUAUACUAUCCACUUUAUUUUAUCUGUUGGCCUCUACUUGUAUUUUUGUGUUACAAUAAUUGUACUCCCUUAUUGAUUCCUGUGGGGAAAAAUUUAGACUCUACAAUGUCGUCAUAUCAUAAUUUUUUGUUAUAUUGGUAUAUUAUAUUAUAAUUAUUUAUUCAUCAUCAUAAAUUAGAACUUCAAUCAUUAUUUUGCUCAAAUCGAUUCAAUUCCAGCUAUUCAACAUUUUUUAUAAUUCAAAAUGAAUUCUACUAUAAUUUAUCUUGUAGGGAAUUAGUAUUCUCGCAAAUAACUCAUUCAAUUGUAAACCAUUUUGGAAUUUCAAUCAUGAAACUAGUUUUGUACUUGUUUCGCAUUCUAGGAAUUUAUUGUAGUGAUAAGAUUUAUUUUGGUGACAUAACGUCUAAAAUUUCUAUGAGUAGGCUACUAAACAAUAUUUUUAAAGCUGUAGUGUUUAUUGUUUGAAACCGAAACCAUCUUAAAGUUACUUUAUUUCAAUUUUGGUUAUUGUUUGAUUCGUGAAUCAUAAUCUUUAGGAUGCGCAUUUAUUCAAACUAUAUUGAGAUCCAAGUUAUAAUGGCAGUAUUUGGUUAACAUUGGUGCUGCUACCCUUGUUUAUCUUUAGACAAAGCAAAUAGCGUUAUUCUUUUUUGCUCCAAAGCGUUGCCAGAUCGUUUUUGACAAUGUGGACAAAUAAUUUAUUGACGAAAUAUUUAAUCUCAAGUAUGAAAAUUUAUUAUUUUAUCGUUGAAAAAAAAUUUUCUUGACGAAUAAAUAAUUCAACUCAUUAUUUUUAACAAGAAUGAAUAGUUAAUAUUACAUCAGAUAUAUCGCUAUCAGCUAUCCUCUAGCUGUAGAGAAUCUAGCAAGGCAGAGAAUCGGCAACACUGUUCCUUAUCUUUCUCCACUGCCAUUAUAACCUGAACCCCAAUAUAUUUACAAAUUUAAUUCUUGUCUAAUAUUGUAGUACCUACGUCAAUAUUCUAUUGAGAUUAAUCUGUCAAAAACGUUGUCAAUUUUCUAGAAUUUAUUGUCAAGUUCUAGUCGAUAACUGAUCCAUAUCUUUUUAUCUUGUAAUUGAUAUAUUUUUUAUAAAUCAUUGGAUAUGCUGAAGUUGAACGAAGCUCUAGCAAUGAUUAGAAAAGUUUGACCUAUCUGAUUUCAUGUGCUGUGAUACUGUUGGAACAUGCAAGCUUGAACUUUGAAUCUUUUUUUCUAUCUUCCAAUUGUGUGAAUUUAUACUGUACACUGUUUAUCCGUUGUAAAGCAGGGAAAAUGAAUUUAUGUACAAUUAUUUAGUGUAAAGUAAAUAAAUAAGCUAUCAGAUGUUGAAUGUGAAAUAUUUUUGAAAAAAUCAAUUAUAUAUUUCUGUAAAGAAUAUUUAUUGUAUAUUCAGAGUGCUUAUUUUAACUGCGAAAUUAGGCGUUAUAUGUAAUUAUGUUGUAAGUGUGAGAUCUCAUGUCCAAUAGAUUAUUUAAAAUAAAUAACAUGACAUAAGCUGAAUGUAACAAACUUCUAUUGUUUCAAGUUGUAAGAAUGUAUGAAAAUAAAUGUUUAAUUUUGUGUGAAAA